AUGCUUCACCAAUGGUUGGGGAGGGCCACGGCGCUCCUUGGACUCGCCCAAAUACCUCUUGGCCUCACACUCUAUGGGUCUCCAUUGUCUUUGUUCAUUCUAUACGCCCUGGCCAUGUUCGCUUUGCUUGUCGCUUAUUUCGCACUUUCGUAUCUUCAUGAACGACGUGUAGGUCUGGACUACGACCGAGGCAGUUAUCUAUCUGGACCAGAGGUUAUUGAGGACAGGCAUGGCCAUAGUAAUGUCGGUCGACUUGCCGGUGCGGGAGCCAUUGGGGCCGGAGCCGCCAUGCUAGGUAGUCGAUUUCGGAGGCGAUCAAGGAGUAGAAGUCCAACCGAUGCUACUUCGGAGAGAACGCCGUACGUCGAUGAGAAAUCAGAGAGUGAACAUCAAAGCGGCUGGAAAAAAAGGUUGUUCCAAGUUGGUGGUCUUGCAGGUGGGGCGUGGCUGGCAAAGCGCUUUUUCGAUAAGCGCCGUGACCGCGAGAGCGAUGCUGAAUCCGGAAGAUAUCGUCCAGCGCACACCGCCACGGAGAGUUUUGAUGACGAUUAUUCAGUGAGUAGGGUUGAAGAAGGACGACCACCACCUCCAAAUCACCGUCAUCGAUAUGACGGGCCUCCAAGUUUGCCUCAAAGCCAGUACACCGAAUCUGAAUUUACGCACAGAACCGACGGAGGGCAUGGAGCUCGAAAUGCUUUGUUUGGAGUGGGAAUGCUCGGUGCAAUCAAAGGACUAUUCAGGAAGCGUGGGGCUCGGGACGAAGAACGACGCCUUGAAGAGAUCAGGAGGGCCGAUUUGGAAAGCGAACGCAUGAUGAGAGAAAGGAGAUAUACGGGAGACGGUAGGCCGCACCGAAGGGGUGAACGACGAUAUGCAUCCGCUAGCGAGGUGACUGGGCUGAGCGACGCAGAUGGUUUGCAAUCUACACCAAGCGAUGUCCCUCCUGUCCCACCACACCUCCACGAACUUACAGGUUCGGAAACAGUGACUUCUCUCGAGCAAGGACCGGCUCCUAAAACGGCGGCCGCCGGCGCUGUGGCCGAGGGAGUGGCAGGGCCAUCAAACCCACACCGGUUUAGCGGGACACAGAAUGAUUCCGUCGAAUCGCCCCCUGUGUCGAUCAAGGUGAAAUUGCAUAACAAUGGGCGGCGCGUUACAUUACGGCAAUUGACUAGAGAGGAGGCGGAAGCAAAUCGUGAAGCGAGGCGCAAGGACCGUACGAGAUCUGGACGCCGGCGGCGUGAAACCUCGUUAUCUGGAGGUGAGGGCGACGAUCACUGGCGGCGAGUGGAAGAACGAGAACGGCAACAGGCACAGGAAAUGCAGAACGCGAAUUCAUCCAUCGCGAGCGCCGGCCCGUCUGCUCCUCCGCCAGCGCCACCAAUCUCUCAACCUGGCGCAAAUCCACCGGCAGGCGAUGACCUUUCAGCCCCGAUACCUCCGCCGCCCAUACCAGCUGCUAGGCCCAUAACUUCUCCUUUGGCUAGCACAGACUUGAGUAGUAGCUUCGCUAGCCGGAGUGGGCGACGACGGGCAGAGCGAAGAACGCAAGCACGACAGGGAAGUCGUGUGGAGUUUACAUGA